AUGGUUUCUAUGGCGGAGGAAGAAGAGAACGGAGUGUCGAUUCAACUCGAAUUCCCGAAGGGUCGCGUGAAGAAGAUUAUGACGCUGGACAAGGAUAUAAAGAGAGUGAGUUCAGAAGCGUUGUUCCUGGUGUCGCGAUCCACGGAGUUAUUCCUCCAAUUUCUGGCUGAAAAAUCUGCGAACGUUGCGAUUGAGAAGAAACGGAAGACCGUUAAUCUCGAACACGUGAGAAUGGCCGUAAAGAGGCACCAGCCAACCAGGGAUUUUCUCCUCGAUGAGCUUCCGCCGCCGUCUCAGCCCGCCAAGCCCGAUAAAUCCACUCAGCCCGUGGCUCGCCCCAAACAUGAUGCCCCUCCGCCUGGUACUCGCCGCAUCGAUCAAUUUUUUCGAAAGCCAGAUCCUCAAAACCCAGCCGAAUCGCCUGAAAAUCCUGGCCAAGCCCAAUCGCCUGAAAUAUCAGCCCAAGCCCAAUAUCCUGACAUUCCAGCUCUAGUCCAAUCGCCUGAAAUUCUAGCGCAAGCUCAAUCGCCAGUACCCGUAGAUGAGUCUUAG